GCCUCCACCGCGCAUGCGCACCCCCUGCAGAAACCCUGCGCGCUCGAGGGAGACGGGAAACAUGGCCCUCGAUCAUUUCAUUUUCGCUCAAUGCAUUCUUUAUUUUUUAGCCUUCGUGUUCGGGUUCAUCGCAGUGGUGCCUCUGUCCGAAAACACGGAGGACUUCGGGGGGAAAUGUUUGCUGUUCACGCGGGGCGUGUGGCAGAAUGAGAACAUCACGGUGUCGAAGCAGCGCUUCGUCGUGGAGGAGUGGGGCGCCGAGUCCUCCUGCAGCUUCGUCGCUUUCGUCGGCAUAGCCUCGCUCAUAUUGUCCGCAGUGCAGGCUUGGAGGCUGCUCUUCUUCCUGUGCAAAGGACACGACGAUACGAGCUUUAAUGCCUUCCUCAACCUGCUGAUCAGCUCCUCGGUGGUCUUCACCGUCUUCCUGUCGAGCACCAUGGUCAGUGUGGGCUUCAACCUGUGGUGCGACUCCAUCACCGAAGGUGGCGCCUUGCCCAGCAGCUGCGAAGACCUCCAGGACACUGACCUAGAACUGGGCCUGGACAACGCGACUUUCUAUGACCAGUUUGCUAUAGCUCAGGUAAAUCCCGCUGUCACCGUUCUAUGGAGCCAACAAAACCUCCAUCCCGCGUCAUUCUCCCCUUGCAGUUUGGCCUGUGGGCCGCGUGGCUCACCUGGCUGGCUAUCGCCGUGCUGGCCUUUCUCAAGGUCUUCCACAACUACAGACAGGAAGACCUGCUGGACAGCCUCAUCCAUGAGAAGGAUCUACUCCUCGGACGCUCCUCUCGCCGCAGCUCGGACCUCAAGACUGGCCUCAUCUAGAAAACAAAGAAUGCGCACGAACAAACACACACUCACUCUAUAGUCUAGGCAGUCGUCUCUCCUGAGUUUCACGAGAAACGCCAACGUUUGCCUCUGUCGACAAUCCAAAACAGUCGGCUUUUGCUCCCGUUGUGCAGAGUGUCAAUCGAAGGGUUUCACUUUGUUCUCGAGCUUAUUGAUUUUCCCUAAGAAAAUCCACCGAUUGUUGUUAAUCCUUGCUUGAUGGCGUCUCUCCCCCAACGCAGUAUACGGUCCUUCGUUUAUCUGAUAGUGGAGCUGGUAUCUCACAGAAAAUGUACUCCCAGUCGAUAAAUACUCAGAAGUGCAGUGUUAACAACUUGGGACAUUUUGUUGAAUCACGUCUUUGUGAACCUUACGCACGAAACCAAAUGCACGAGCAAAUAACAAUACAGUGGCUUUUCGAUCGGAAUGGAUCAUACACCUUGUUUUAUACGCCAAUAAAUGUGACUUUUGUUUUAUUCUAGGUCCACACUUCAUCCCGCAUGCUGCAGCAACAAUAAUAAACCGGCGUGCUUUUGUGGUGUACUCGCACUUGUGCUAUAGUUGUACAAAAUAAGAAGUGUACUUUUGCGGUCGGUCCCAAACUGCUUUUAGGAACUGGUGUCCCACACUAUCUCAGGCUACCUGCUACUAUAUACUGUCAGCAUUUACAGUAAUAUAAAUAUGAGAAACCCCCAAAAUGACUGCAUCCAUCUCACAAGAAAGUCAAUAACCAUUUGAUGAGUUUUAUUGGAAACGGCGGAAAUCACAAAACAGAAGGAACCAAGAAAACAGUCCAUAUAAAGGCACUUGUUACAAAGUGACCUGAAAUGCAGCCAAGGUAACUGUGCAUACGCGCAGCUUUGUUGGCAAGAGUAGAGCCUCUUUGCUUCCAUACAAGUAUUAUAUAUAUAUAUCUAUCUAUAUAUGACAUAAUCUACUUUCCCCGAAAUCCAUGACAUGAAGAAAUAUGGGAUACGUGUUGUUGCUAAUAAUGAGAGGUACAGUGCGAUUGUGUGCCUAUAAAUGCAUACGGUGGUUUGAAUGACGCUUUGAUAAAGAGGGCUGACAUAA